GGAACACUCGCCCUUUUUCCAGGUAUUGAUCUGUCAGUUGGUCAAGGUACUACAACUGGCCGCCCUGAGGAAACAAGAACACUUACCCUGCUCUCAAGGGUAUUCUACCAUACCCCACGAAAGGGUACACUACUACUACUAAGUAGAAAAUAGAAAAGAUGCUUCCUCGACCGGCCACUCGUAUCCGGUUCACGUUGGAGGAUGCCCAGGAGUACGGAAGAUAUUUGCAGUGUAUGGCUUUCAGAUCACAAUCACAUUAAGUUGUCAUCUCCUUGUAAGUAUGUAGGUCCAGGGUUUUUUAGGUAGGUCAUGGAGGUCCAGGGUUUAGGUAACCCUCUUUCAGAUGAGUACAUUCAUACAACAGACUGGCGGAGCAGUAGGAGGUGCUGACGCAGGACCUUCUAGAGAACCCAAUCAGCGUGGAGCUCAACCUGCGGACUCAGCUAACGACCCAGUAGUCGGAGAUAGAGCAGGACCUGGUGGUGGAUUAGGCUUUAACGCAUAUGGAAAUAACGUUAACGUUGGUAUGGGUAUACACAGAGAUGGUUGUAGCGGUAAUGAUCUUGGUGGACGACUUCCACCCAGAGGGAGCUCAUCGAUAGCGGGAGGACCGCCUAGCAACCCAGAACCGGCAGGUAAUCGUGUGCCUGCUUCGCCUGGAGGAUCCUGA